AUGGACUUGAAGGAGGCGGACUGGUCAGCUCUGCUGCUUCCGACCACCUCUGCAUCCGCAUCAGCGUACAGCCAGUCUGGUGUAGCGCAACCCUCACCGUCUGCUCAAUCUUCACCUUCGACAUCAGCCAAUGGCGAGUCGAGCAUCAGCAGCAGCACACACGCCGCCCGACGUAGCACUGCCUCCAAUGUAGCCAACCUGCUCACGCUGACCGAGCUGCGCAAGGCUGCCUGGGCGCGCAUCUAUGCAAGUGGGAUCAGCACCGGCAAUGCCGCCAUCUCGACCACUCGUGUUCCGACGUGGAAGCAGUUCGACGCGCUCAUGAUCCGGCGGCAUCGCUACAUCGCCGUCGACCCGCGCGACAAUCGGACCCUCGGCUGGGUUGCAUGCCUCGACCCAUAUCCGCAGUGGUCUUAUCUAUACGACGACGACAAGAACGGCGAUGCAGGGCUAGAGCUGCCCGAUGGACGCCAAGGCAGGGUCGCAGAGGUCCAGGUGAUGGUGGCAGAAGCAGAGAGGCACCGAGGCGUCGGGACGUUCUUGGUCAAGUCGGUCCUGGCAUCGCUUGCAGCGGAUCGUACGUACUCGAUGGUGCAGGCUAGUUUCUUUGUCGAGAACCAGGCAGCUCGGAGGUUGUUGGAAAAGUGUGGAUUUGACAAGGGGCAGGAGACGACAUGCGCAGUCAAGAUGCUCGACGGACCUCAGAAGGGCAGCGAGAGGAGACUCAUCACAGUCGAACACCGAUUCUCGCCAUGCAACGAACCACCAACGCAGAAGCAGCAGCGUUCAAACUCAGCAGACCCGCCAAUAGCGAUCGAUACGACCAUCAAUCCCACCUCACUCCUCAAGCGACCCAGACAAGAAUGA